AUUCUGCCCCGAUUGGCUGCUUUUCUAGCCUGGACUACAUUACCCAUAGGCUCGGCGGCUGGAAGCUACUUCCGCCGCGAACCGGCCGUCUCGUCUUGUGCGUACCGGCGAUACCCGAGCUCCCCGGGAUGAGUGGGCCUGGCGCCGCUAGCCAGCUGGCUGGCUCCACCUGCGAGCCGCUCCGCGGCCGGGCCGUGGGUUCUCUUUGGUGCGGAGAAGCGGUAAAUGAGCGCAAGCCCAGCGCAGUGCGCUGCGAGGUGUUGGGAGGCCUGCCGUCCACCUCUGGACUACAUUUCCCAGAGGACUCUGCAGGCGCGCUACGUCCCGCGGGAUUUUGGCCGCUUCUGUACAGGGUGGCGGGACGCUUGGCUCCGCGAAGUUACCUGCUGUGAGGCCUUUGGAGUCCGGCGCAACUUGGCCGGUUUGGGCCGGACCGGAACUAGGGAAGGACUAGGUUCUGUCACUGAGAGGAAAAGGGAAGAAUGGUUAUUGAACAUCCAAAGGCCGAGAUCAAGCUGCUUUCUUGGGAUGCUAUACUUUUCCAAGAGAGGAAUCCAGAGAAAUACAGCUUGGGUUACAAUUUUAAAAGCCAUGCUCCAGACUUGGAGUUCAGAUGUAAGACCAAGGAAUUGUUUCUGCAAAAAGAAAUCUGUGAAGUAACAUCAUCCCAAUGGAUAAUAAUGGAAAAAAGUUAUAGCUUCUUGGGCUCCAGUAUCAGAGAUGACUGGGAAUGCAAAGGCCAGUUUGAGAGGCAAGAGAUAAAUCAGGAGGGAUAUUUGGGGCAAGCAUUAAUGACUUAUGAAAAAAUGCCAACUUUCAGCCUGCAGACAUCUCUUACUCUACAUCGGCACAUUUAUCCUGGAGAGAAAUUCUGUAAAUUCAAUGACUGUGAGAAGGCCUUUAUUUAUGGCUCAAAACUUAUACAACAGCAAGGAAUUCAUAUUGGUGAGAAACCAUAUAAAUGUAAGGAAUGUGGGAAGGUCUUUAGUCAUUUUUCCUAUCUUACUGAACAUCAGAGAAUUCAUACUGGUGAGAAGCACUAUGAAUGUAAGGAAUGUGGGAAAGCUUUUAUUCGUGGCUCACAUCUUAUUCAACAUCAGAGAAUUCAUACAGAUGAGAAACCCUUUGAAUGUCAGGAAUGUGGGAAGGCCUUUAGACAGUCUGCACACCUUACUCGACAUCAGAGGAUUCAUACUGGUGACAAGCCUUAUAAAUGUAAGGAAUGUGGGAAAUCUUUUAUUUGUGGCUCAGAACUCACUCGACAUCAGAGAAUCCAUACUGGUGAGAAACCCUAUGGUUGUAAGGAAUGUGGGAAGGCUUUUAGAUUGCGUUCACAACUUGGUCAACAUCAGCGACUUCAUACUGGUGAGAAACCUUACCAAUGUAGGGAAUGUGGGAAAGCCUUUCUUCGUGGCUCACAACUUACUGAACACCAGAGAAUUCAUCCUGGUAUGAAACACUAUGAAUGUAAGGAAUGUGGGAAGGCCUUUAUUUGUGGUUCCCAACUUUUUCAGCAUCACCAAAUUCAUACUGGUGAGAAAUCCUAUGAGUGUGCACAAUGUGGGAAGGCCUUUAUUUGUGCCUCACAACUUACUCAACAUCAGCGAAUUCAUACUGCCAAGAAACCCUAUAAAUGCAAGGAAUGUGGGAAAGCUUUUGUCCGUGGCUCAGAACUUACCCGACAUCAUAGCAUUCAUACAGGUGAGAAACCCUAUGAAUGUAAGGAGUGUGGGAAGGCCUUCAGACAGUCAGCACACCUUACUCAACAUCAGAGAGUUCAUAAUCUAACAUAAUUACUGCAGGAAACCCUGUGUUUGCCAUUCCUUUGUCAGAGAUCAUCAGAUUUCAUGUGACAGUAAAAUACAGUGGAGGUGUCAAUUCCUUUUAUCUGAUAUUUAGUUUAUUCAGAAUCAGAAAAUUUAAUACUGAAAAAAAUUGAUAAUGAAUGUAGAAAAGUUUUCUAGCAUUAUUCAAACCUUGCAAUUCUACAGAUUCACACUAGAGAACGUAGUAAAUGAGGACAGGCUACCAUUUACUCUUUAUGUGACAUUAGGCAAAUUGUUUAACUUCUCUAUGCUUAAAUUUAUUAAUUGGUAAACUGUUGAUAGUAAUAGCAUCUAUUUGUAAUAAAGAG